AUGGGAAUGCCUUCAGACUUUGGGGUGAGCCCGAAAGGUCUGAGGUCUGAAGGACGAAAUCGAGCGGUCUCGUCAUCACACGAGCCCGAUAAGACACCGAUCUCGUCAUCAUAUACGAAAUCGAGCGGUCUCGUCAUCACACGAGCCCGAGAAGACACCGAUCUCGUCAUCAUAUACGAAAUCGAGCGGUCUCGUCAUCACACGAGCCCGAUAAGACACCGAUCUCGUCAUCAUAUACGAAAUCGAGCGGUCUCGUCAUCACACGAGCCCGAGAAGACACCGAUCUCGUCAUCAUAUACGAAAUCGAGCGGUCUCGUCAUCACACGAGCCCGAGAAGACACCGAUCUCGUCAUCAUAUACGAAAUCGAGCGGUCUCGUCAUCACACGAGCCCGAGAUCUCGAUCAUCUCGAGAAAAAACCAAUCUCGUCGAAGCUCGAAUCCGAGAAAAAUCGUCACAGCAAUCUAUUCUCCUUGACGAGACAAAAGAGUCAUCUCGUCAAGUCCGAGAGAAAUUAUCAAAAGCAUAUUCUAUUUGCGGACAAGAUUACGUCACUGUACUCUUUUCCCUUCUUAUGGUUUUUAUCCCAUAG